GUUGUGGGUAACCCGGACGUGGAAGAACCUGGACUGCGGAGGAAAAGGUAGAUGUUAAAUGGUAACUACGUGCGAGGUUCUGAGGAGCCCUGGGAACAGGAAGGAGAAAAGAAUACCAAAAGUGACAACAGUUUGCCACUCGCAGUCUUUAAUCUGAUAAAGCGGUUAUCUCGUCUUGAGUCCCAGGUGCCGGGUCAAUCCCCAUACACAGCCGCCGCCAUUGCCUCGAGUCCUUGUGUCUGACUGUCUGUUCCUGCUGCUGUAUGACACAGCACCUCGAGGCAAGGAAAUAAGAAAACUGCCUCUGAUCCAAGCAGAGAAGGUCUGCCUGUAGAUCUGCUGUAGGGCUUGUCACCAUUGGAAGCAAGAACUCCUGUAGCCUGUAAUACCAGCUGUGGGUACUACUCUCAGUGUUGGAGAUCAUCAAAAUACAAUUGGACCAGACCCUUUGGAAAUAAUUCUGUGUCUCAAAUGCCCUGUGGAGCACACACUUAAUCAGUUGAUGGCUAUGGAAUUUUCCAACAUCAGCUAAAGAGAAGGGAUAGAGUGGUGACUUCCAAGCUUCAUGCAGAACCCAACAACAGAAAUUGAGAGGGAAAUUUUUAUGACAGAAGAGAGAAAGAAGAAAAUUGCUGGAAUAAUGACCUUGAAUAGAGGAGAUGGGAUAUCAUCUGAUUCUGGAGACAGCCUGUAUUUCUUGGAUCUUGGCUUCCUUCCAUCUUCAAAGCCAACAAUGACCAGUGUAGACUUUCUCAUGCUGCUUCAAUCUGACAUGGAGUCCCUGCCUUCCACAUCUAAAGUACCCUUGCAAUUACAUUGGCCAAGAUAACCCAGAAUAAUAUUAAAUUAAACUCAGCUGAAUAGCAAUCUUAAUGAUCCUUUGUCAGGAAAUAUAAAAUGGUACAUGUUCUGGAGAACAGGACAUGGACAUCUUUAGGGGACCGUUAACCUGCCAAACACAAUGAGGGUAGCGUCUAAAUGAGUUUUCAAAUGGACAACAGUAACAACAUCAACUUUGUGUUUAACCACAUUGCUCUGUCUGUCCCAUGCAGGAAGCAGGGAAAGGUGGGGCUCAAGAGUAGAGGACGGAUGUGGGGGUGAAAGAAGAGGAUUCAAAAGGAGCCAGGUUGCUUUGUCUCGGGGAGGGGGGUGCACGGUGGGAUCCUCCCCUGAGAAUGACUGCUGAAACAAUAGGUAGUUGUGGCAGGUGGCUGAGAUCCAAGCUGGUUCGAAUACCAGCCACAUUUCCAGACUGCCAAAUAUCAUGGCAAGAGAAGACUUGACAGGGAACCGAAGAGGAGCCAGGACCAUCCCUACCUGGUGGCAUCAAAGAAAGAGGACUGUUAUGACCUCCUGCGGGUCCUGACAGGGAAAGGUCCUCUUUUGGGGGCAAGUGUGGGGACGGUGCAAUGCCAAUGUGAGCCACCAUUUGUAAUGAGAAAAAGCAGUGUGGCAGAAAGAAAUGAGUCUGGUGCAGACCAGUGGUUGGUCUCCUAGGGUUAGAGGUCUAGGUCUACCUUCUUUUAGAAGAGGGGCGGUGGUGAGUCCUUGAUGGGAGCCCCCUGCCCCGGAGUUCACUUAAGAGCAGGUGUACCUUCCUCCCCUGCGUGGUUCCACGAAGCUAGGAAAGAAACGCACAGGACGACCACCCUAGAACCCUGGGCCUGUCUGGACUGAAAUCGCCUCUCCCCUCCCACACUGCAGUGCUGACACCCCCUCUCCAAUUAGCAUCCAGGAAGGAGGGUGAGCAGACUAGGGAGAGGGAGAGGGCAAACACCCAGCAGUCCCUGUGAGGGGGGCGGUUGGGGCGGGGGGUGCAGACACACCAAGGGGCGGUUUGGUAUCCAUCCGCUGCUCCCUCCCGCGCGUCUCUUCCCGACCUCGCGAUCCUGUCCCCCGCCUGGCCCCGCAGCCGCCCGCCUGUGCCAUAUAUUAUAGCAGCACCGGAAAUGUGGUCGUCGCCACGUUAGGGUCCGCGGGGGCCUCCUGAGGCAGCCUGGUGCCAACCCGCAGGCCCAGGCUAGGGCUCGUCGUGGCCCCGCCCACCUCUGAGUCGGAACUAUGGUGGUUCUGUGAGGGGGGCGUCCUGCACUUUCGCGCCGUAUCCCUCCGCCCCCCUUCCCGACACCCCAGCGGAGAGCGGUUCUUGCCGCAUCCUGCGCAGCCCCUGCGCAGCCCCUGCCCAAUUUGGUGCAGAGGCGUGGGGGGCGGGACUCGUCUUUGCCAUUUGGAUCGCUGGGAAAGCUGUGGGAAUCCAACCGAAGAGCAGCCAGAGGAGAGCUCAAGAGAGGAGGGGGAGGCCGAUGACCCGAGCUCUGGGCCUCUGAAGGCAAGUAGGGGUGCGUGAGGUGGGGGGCCGUGGUGGUGUGGGGGUGGUCCGCCAGGGUGGACCGGCUGGCAACCUGCCCCCCGGACCCGGACAGCCUGGCAACGAGGAGACGAUCUGUUCGGAGCCGGGCGCUGGAGAGAGGUGCGCAGUGCCCGAGAUCCCUGGCUAUGGGGAGGCGGUGACUGGUGCGGGCCAGGCUGGACCAAGGGCUGAGGGGCUGGCUCCAGAGGCACCCUCAGAUCGUCUGGAGGAGAACCGCGCUGACCGCUUCCCAGCCAGCUUUGCAGGUGCCUGCGCGCCGCCCUCGACGGUUUCUGUACCGAGAGACGGCUGCUGGGGAGGCUCCUGCGGGAGAAAUGGCCAAACGGGAGCCGUUUUGGGGGGCGCCCGGGGAGGCAGUUGGGGGGCGCCUGGGGAGGCCCUCGUGGGCCAGCGUCCCAGGUCUGUGCCUAGCCCGCGGGAGGUGGGUCGCGUUCGCUGCUCCGGGCCCUGAUUCCGGAAAGGGGCCUGUGGGGCCCCGUGUCCUGGGUGCCGUCCCUUCCCACAGGCUCCAGGUUGAUGUCAAAGUCUUCCGUCUGCGCGGUAGGUCUGGCGUAUUCUGACAGGACACAGCGAGCAUCUGUAGAGGAGAGGCUUGAAAUAAAGGAGGAGCACGAAUAUUGCCUGGAUUUCUGGAGUCCUGCUUUAAGCCUGGCCAGUUCUGCAAGAAAGGCAAGGAGGAGGAGACUGGCUCACAGCUCUGGAGGAUCCCCUUCUGUCAGCUGUGGGGCUUGACACUACUUGAAUAAGAAAAGAAGGAGGCAACUGCACCACAUCAGUGAAGAUCCACCUCCAGUGGCUGCUCUGCUGGUGGUGGAGUUGCUGCUGACAACCACCCUCAACGGGUCUGCACCCAUCCAGGAAAUCUCUAUCUUCCUCAAGCUUGGUUGUGCCUGUUCUACACUCUAUCUGUCUUAUUGAAUUACUGACUGAGACUGUGUUUGGGAAGGAGGCUGAGUGACUACUGGACUGGAUAUUCACUCUAACUCUUGUUUCCAAGCUUAUAUCCUCAAUCACCUAAAGAUCAGAGUGUGAAGAAACAAACCUGUGACAGAUCUGUGGUUGAGGUUUAGACUGGGGGAGGAGUAUAUUACUGGACUUUGUUUGUAACUUGUACCAUGACUGGGGCAGAGAUUGAGUCUGGUGCCCAGGUCAAGCCUGAAAAGAAGCCUGGGGAAGAGGUUGUAGGUGGGGCUGAGAUAGAGAAUGAUGUCCCUCUGGUGGUCAGACCCAAGGUUAGGACCCAGGCCCAGAUAAUGCCUGGGGCAAGGCCCAAGAAUAAGUCCAAGGUUAUGCCUGGAGCAAGCACCAAAGUUGAGACAAGUGCAGUGGGUGGGGCACGUCCUAAGAGUAAGGCCAAGGCAAUACCUGUUUCACGAUUUAAGGAAGAAGCCCAGAUGUGGGCUCAGCCCAGGUUUGGUGCUGAAAGAUUGUCUAAGACAGAGAGAAACUCCCAGACCAAUAUCAUAGCCUCUCCACUUGUCAGUACUGAUUCUGUGUUGGUUGCUAAAACAAAGUACCUGUCUGAGGAUAGAGAAUUGGUUAAUACAGACACUGAGAGCUUUCCUAGAAGGAAGGCCCAUUACCAAGCAGGAUUCCAGCCUUCUUUUAGGUCAAAAGAGGAGACCAAUAUGGAGUCCUGGUGCUGUCCUAGGCCUACAUCCAAACAAGAAGCCUCUCCUAAUUCUGAUUUCAAAUGGUUAGACAAAUCUGUGAGUUCCUUGUUCUGGAGUGGAGAUGAGGUCACUGCAAAAUUUCAUCCUGGGAAUAGGGUAAAAGACAGUACCAGAUCCAGGCACAUGGCCAAUCAAGAGGCUAAUACCAUGUCUAGGUCGCAAACUAACCAGGAGCUCUAUAUUGCAUCUAGUUCUGGUUCUGAGGAUGAGUCUGUUAAGACACCCUGGUUCUGGGCCAGAGAUAAAACCAAUACCUGGUCUGGGCCUAGGGAAGAUCCCAAUAGCAGGUCCAGGUUUAGGUCUAAGAAAGAAGUCUAUGUUGAAUCAAGUUCUGGAUCUGAGCAUGAAGACCAUUUGGAGUCCUGGUUUGGGGCUGGAGAGGAGGCCAAAUUCAGGUCCAAAAUGAGAGCUGGGAAGGAGGCCAAUAACAGGGCCAGGCAUAGGGCCAAGCGAGAAGCUUGCAUUGAUUUCAUGCCUGGGUCUAUAGAUGUAAUUAAAAAAGAGUCCUGUUUCUGGCCUGAAGAAAAUGCUAAUACCUUUUCAAGGCCCAUGAUCAAGAAAGAGGCCAGGGCCAGAGCAAUGGCAAAGGAAGAGGCCAAAACCAAGGCCCGAGCCAGGGCCAAGCAAGAAGCCAGGUCAGAGGAGGAAGCCCUCAUUGGGACCUGGUUCUGGGCUAUAGACGAGUCCAGCAUGGCAGAUGAAGCCAGCAUAGAGUCCAGUCUACAAGUGGAGGAUGAAUCCAUAAUUGGGAGCUGGUUCUGGACUGAAGAAGAGGCCAGUAUGGGGACUGAUGGAGAGCCUAUUGGUGAUUCCUUAUUUGGGGCUAGGGAAAAGACCAGUAUGAAAACUGGGGCUGAGGCCACCUCUGAAUCUAUACUAGCAGCUGAUGAUGAACAGGUCAUUAUUGGUUCCUGGUUCUGGGCUGGUGAAGAGGUCAACCAAGAGGCUGAGGAAGAGACCAUUUUUGGGUCGUGGUUCUGGGUCACUGAUGCGGCCAGUGUGGAAUCUGGUGUUGGGGUCAGCUGUGAGUCCAGGCCAAGGUCUGAGGAAGAAGAGGUCAUUGGUCCCUGGUUUUGGUCUGGAGAACAAGUUGAUAUAGAGGCUGGAAUCGGAGAAGAGGCCAGGCCAGAAGCUGAAGAAGAGACAAUAUUCGGGUCCUGGUUUUGGGCUGAAAACCAGACCUAUAUGGAUUGUAGGGCUGAAGCUAGCUGUGCCACCAUGCAAGGGGCUGAGGAGGAGGAGCCCAUUAUUGGGUCCUGGUUUUGGACCAGAGUAGAAGCUUGUGUGGAGGGUGAUGUCAACAGCAAGUCUAGCCUGGAGGACAAGGAAGAGGCCAUGAUACCAUGUUUUGGAGCCAAGGAAGAGACCAUGAUACCAUGUUUUGGAGCCAAAGAAGAGGUCAGUAUGAAGCAUGGGACUGAUGUCAGAUGCAGAUUUAUGGCAGGGGCUGAGGAGACCAAUAAUAAGUCUUGCUUCUGGGCAGAAAAGGAACCCUGUAUGUAUCCUGCCAGUGGAGGAAGUUGGAAGGCUAGGCCAGAGGAGGAAGAGGACAUUGUCAAUUCAUGGUUCUGGUCCCAAAAAUACACAAAGCCAGAGGCCAUUAUAGGGUCCUGGUUAUGGGCUACAGAAGAGAGUAAUAUAGAUGGGACUGGAGAAGAGCCCAAGUUACUGACUGAAGAGGAGACCAUGAUCAAUUCCUGGUUCUGGAAAGAAGAUGAAGCCAUUUCAGAGGCUACUGACAGAGAAGAGUCCAGGCCAGAAGCUGAGGAGGGGGACAUUAUUGGUUCUUGGUUCUGGGCUGGAGAAGACGACAGACUAGGGCCAGCUGCUGAGACUAGAGAAGAAGACAGGCUAGCAGCUGAGAAAGAAGGUAUUGUUGGGUCCUGGUUUGGGGCCAGAGAAGAGACCAUUAGAAGAGAGGCUGGGUCUUGCAGCAAAUCCAGUCCUAAAGCUGAAGAGGAAGAAGUCAUUAUUGGGUCCUGGUUCUGGGAAGAAGAGGCCAGUCUGGAGGCAGUGGCAGGAGUCGGCUUUGAGUCAAAGCCUGGGACUGAGGAGGAAGAAAUCACUGUUGGGUCCUGGUUCUGGCCUGAAGAAGAAGCCAGUAUAGAGGCUGGAUCUCAGGCAGUAGAGGAGAUGGAGUCAGAGACUGAAGAGGAAACCAUUUUUGGGUCCUGGUUCUGGGAUGGAAAAGAAGUCAGUGAAGAAGCAGGACCAUGUUGUGUAUCCAAGCCAGAGGAUGAUGAAGAGAUGAUUGUUGAGUCCUGGUUCUGGUCUAGAGACAAAGCCAUUAAGGAAACUGGAACUGUGGCCACCUGUGAGUCCAAGCCAGAAAAUGAGGAAGGGGCCAUUGUUGGGUCUUGGUUUGAGGCUGAAGAUGAGGUAGAUAACAGGACUGACAAUGGAAGCAACUGUGAGUCCAGGACUUUAGCUGAUGAAGAUGGGGCCAUAGUGGGGUCCUGGUUCUGGGCAGGAGAUGAGGCCCAUUUUGAAUCAAAUCCUAGCCCCGUGUUCAGGGCCAUUUGCAGGUCUACGUGUUCAGUUGAACAGGAGCCUGAUCCUUCACGCAGGCCUCAGAGUUGGGAGGAGGUCACUGUUCAGUUCAAGCCUGGUCCAUGGGGUAGGGUCGGCUUCCCAUCUAUAAGCCCCUUUAGAUUUCCCAAAGAGGCAGCAUCUUUAUUCUGUGAAAUGUUUGGGGGCAAACCCAGGAACAUGGUACUUAGCCCAGAAAGGGAAGAUCAGGAAUCUUUGCUUCAGCCUGAUCAGCCUGAUCCUGAGUUCCCAUUUCAGUAUGAUCCUUCCUACCGGUCAGUCCAGGAAAUUCGAGAGCAUCUUAGGGCCAAGGAGAGUGCAGAGCCUGAGAGUUGGUCCUGUAACUGCAUACAAUGUGAGCUGAAAAUUGGUUCUGAAGAGUUUGAAGAACUCCUUUUAUUAAUGGAAAAAGUUCGGGAUCCUUUUAUUCAUGAAAUAUCUAAAAUUGCAAUGGGUAUGAGAAGUGCUUCUCAAUUUACCCGAGAUUUCAUUCGAGAUUCAGGUGUUGUCUCACUUAUUGAAACCUUGCUUAAUUAUCCAUCCUCCCGAGUUAGAACAAGUUUUUUGGAAAAUAUGAUUCGCAUGGCCCCACCUUAUCCGAAUCUAAACAUGAUUCAGACAUACAUAUGUAAAGUAUGUGAGGAAACCCUUGCUUAUAGCUUGGAUUCCCCGGAACAGCUGUCUGGAAUAAGGAUGAUUAGACAUCUCACUACUACUACCGACUAUCACACAGUGGUUGCCAAUUAUAUGUCUGGGUUUCUCUCCUUAUUAGCUACAGGCAAUGCCAAAACAAGGUUUCAUGUUUUGAAAAUGCUACUGAAUUUGUCUGAAAAUCUUUUCAUGACGAAAGAACUACUCAGUGCUGAAGCAGUGUCAGAAUUUAUAGGCCUUUUUAACAGGGAAGAGACAAAUGACAAUAUUCAAAUUGUUCUUGCAAUAUUUGAGAAUAUUGGCAACAAUAUCAAAAAAGAAACAGUGUUCGCUGAUGAUGAUUUCAAUCUUGAGCCGCUUAUUUCUGCAUUCCACAAAGUUGAGAAAUUUGCUAAGGAACUGCAAGGCAAAACAGACAAUCAGAAUGACCCUGAAGGGGACCAAGAAAAUUAGUAAUGGUUAAUUGCUGGCCUCAGAUUGUCCUUAUGUUCCUGAGUUACUAUCCUUGAGUAAUGCUUUGAUUUUAACAGUUGGUUCUGUGUUGCAACAUAUAUCUUUAGUGCUGACACUAACUUUGUCCAACUCUGUCUGUAAGCUGGAGCAUUUUUCUGAUGCCAACUGAAUAUUAGAGCUGAAAACAUAUUUGUUGAUAUUUGUCUUGUCCAGAUUGUGAUGUUCAGUAUUUGAGCUUAUAGUGAACUGAGCCAUCAUAAAUAAGCCACACUUCUGAUUGUCGUUCUACUGUAUAUAUAUAUAUUUGAGUGUUGUUUGUGUUUCAAUAAAGUUCUAUGUUGAAGUUGGCAGAAA